AUGCUGUGGCGGCGGACUUAUGCAUGGCGUUAUGAAUCUAAAUGCUGGGAUCCGAAUCCGCGCAGUGGUUACUUCACCAUUCCUCGACAGGAACCUGUACGUCCGAUUGAUCCGCGUGCAUGGGUUCUUCACACCAAUGCCAUGACCGAUGGUCCCCCUGGAUCCGGUGAGCCACAGGGCAUUCAUAACGGCACUCCCAUCACCGGUGCAUCUUCUGGUGGUGAGUCUAGUUCGACUCUCAGUCCUUCGGGUGGUGGUGCUGGCCUCACGCCAGGGAUGAGUAUGGGCACGCUCACUUCCGGUCAAACCUCGAUGCCCCUAGGCACGAGUGCAGCUGCGUACAAUAUGGCUGCGUUGCUUGCUGCCACACAGCAUCAACAGCAACAACAACACAAGUCGCAGCAGCACAGCCAACCGGAACAACACCUUGUACCCCAACCAUCUCAUACACAGGUACCGCAACUUUCCCGCGCCCCAUUCUAUCCGAUGUCGAACAUGAUGAUCCCUCAGGCCUAUGCUGCUCACGUCACGCCCAGUGUGGUCACCGCAUCCAGUUCAUUACCGGAAAUCGAAAGAUAUUCCGAACCAAUUCCCUUGACCGUACACACCGAUGUGGCCACUGUGAUCCGAGCUAUGGUCCAACCGGACUCGGGACUGGAUAUUCGAGACAGGAUCUGGCUCAAACUGACUGUCCCCAAUGCAUUUAUCGGUUCUGAUUUAGUCGAUUGGUUGUAUCGGCAUUUGGAUGGUUUCCCAGAUCGUCGAAGUGCUCGAAAGUACGCAGCCAAUCUGCUCAAAGCCGGCUACAUUCGACACACAGUUAACAAGACCACUUUUUCCGAACAGUGCUACUAUGUGUUUCGUGAUCUGGAAGGACAUCUAUCCUGUCUUAGUCUGGAGGAGGUAGAUAGCGUGAGUGAAGUGGGCGCUCUUCCUCCACCUAACUGGGGCCACAACACAACUAGUACCAAUCUGACUGUUGCAGCUGGAGCGCCCACGCAACCAGGUGCGGAGUUUGGUGGCGGACCUCAUAUGACAUCUACUCCCGGAACCAAUCAUCACCAUCAUCAUUUGCACAACCCCAACAAUUCCUCCGGUCUAAUGGUUGGCGGUGAAUGCGGUACUGGGGCAAACAGCAGUCAAUACAGUAGUGUACCCCCUCCGGUUCCACCACCAGCAGCCGCCGGUGCUGGUUCAUCACAUUUUCAUUCUAUUCCUCCUCUGGCCGCACCGAUUCAACAGCUGAUCGCAGACGGACAGGAUGCUGCAGCUGCAGCCGCAAUGGGAGCAAUGGGCGCAGCCGGUGCAAAAUCGGGUGGUGCACGUGGUCCAAACACAUCUGCACCACGCAUUCCGCCUAACGAUGUGACAGGUUAUUCAACAUCGUCCUCAAGUACUGAUAGUGAAUUACACCAGUUCGGUCGUGACCCGCCACCACCUCCGUCUAUGUCCCGUGGUUCUAAAUCACUACAGCCUGAUCACACUCACUCCGGUUUUGCUCACAAGCCUAUCGAUCCACACGUGAAUCCCUUAAUUCGAUCUCCACCUCAACUUCCACCCACACCCCAAAUGGCUCCAGUCCCCGUCCAACCACCACCUGCACCCGCACAUUCUCAAAUUCUAUCUAGUAACACCUCGCAAACACGACCUUACACCAUAGGUUCCAGCGGGUGCUCCAAGCCUGCCGUUGAUAUCGCCACCACCGCGUCAUCCACUGCGUCUAGUUCCACGUCUGAGGGACCUCGUCGUAACGGCGGUGCCCAAGUCAGUGUCGCGCAUUCAAAUCCGAACGGAGACUCUCAGGUCCGUUUGGUUCGUAGCAACGGACCAGUGGAUACUCGAGCUACCCAGAACACAGUGCUCAGUUCAAAAUGUAGCAGUACGAGUAGCAGUAGUAGCAGCAACAGUAGCAGCUGUGCUCCGCUCAAUUCUCGUCCGCUCGCGGCUGGUCCGANACCACCGCAUCAUCCCCGGUUACGUGGGCCAGGAAGCUCAGGGUCGACCCAGCAAGCCUCACAGGCACCUCCACCACCCCCGCCACCUCGGAUCUCAACUGCAGUGUCUGGGUUCACUCUCACAAGUCGGCCUUGA